AUGUUUGCCUCCAGCGCGCUGUUCACGCUGUACCACACGGUGCGGUUCGUGCGGGACCUGCAGCAGCACCUGAAGGGCGACGCGCGCAACGACUGGCGCCUGAUGCUGCGAUACCUUUGGAAUGCCGUGUUCUGGCUGGGCUUUGUGCUGUGGUAUGCGGCGCCCCCGGUCACCUCUGUUGCAGACUACACAGGCACCCCAGGGGCCGUCAUGUGCGUGUUCGGGGCAGCGGUAGCGGUGGCGGCGGCGCUGCAAGUGGGGAUGUUUAGCUUCAUGGGCAGCCCGCAAGUGCCGCGGCGCCUGCAGACGAGGGGCGUGUACGCGCUGCUGCGCCACCCGCAGGCUUUUGGUAACAUGUGCUUUUUGAUAGGCUUCUCCAUGGCUGGCGGUGCGUUGUGGGCCAGCCUGACCUUCCUGGCUGCCGCUGUGCUGUACAGCGCCACGGUGUUGCCGCUGGAGGAGCGCAUGCUGAGGGAAGCUUUUGGAGAGAAGUACGAGCGGUACAUGUGA